CGUCCCCGUUCGCGCACGCGCGUUGCUCCCGAUCAGUGGCCUGUGACAGUGACAUGGUUUUGUGCUUUGAACGGAUUUAGUUACGUUGUUUUUAUUUACAGGGUGCGUGUGUAGCAGGCGCGCCACGAGCGGUGAUGCGCCGCGAGCGCCCGGGACCGACACAUGAAUGCCCGCGCACCAGGUGUGCUUGUGAUGACAUGGUGGUGGGCGCUCGCGCUGCUGGCGCUAGCGCCGCCCGCCCGCCCCGCGCCCCGGGCGGGCAACGGUGAGCAAUUUUACAGUUACCAAAUGUCACGCAAAGUGUGCACGGCGGGCGGCGCGCGAGGCGCGUGCAUGUGGGUUCAGGAGUGCAACAGAGCGGGCGGGACGCACGCGGGGGUGUGUGUCGACGGCUUUAUGUUCGGCAGCUGCUGUAGGCUGCCGGAGCGGCCUGUUGUCGAUACGCAGAGCCCAGUCACAGUCACGGAGAAACCGUAUUCAGCGCCAUCUGGCGGCCGAAGCACGACCACGCUUCCCCCCGAGACGACGCACACGAUAGCUCGCCCUAACUGGCAGACCCAGCGUCCGUCGUUCAUGACAAAACCCAUAGAUGGCGCCCCAACCUCCUACAGCUAUAGGCCGCCAGAAAUACACCCAUCAUUAGGAAAUUUAGAUUCAAGUAGCGAACAAAAUAGUGAUAUAGUUAAUAAAAUAAAUUAUAACAGUGUAAAUAAGUACCAAAAUGUAAAUAGGCCGAGCGAAGUGGAAACUAGUCCCCACAACAAGAUUUCGUCUAGUCUUAGUAAUAUACUGAGUGGCGCGCGCCCUAUGGCCGUGUCCGACCAACACAAUGAGAACAGCAUCUCUGCAGCACAAUUCAUGUCACGCCCGAGCAACGGGAACACCGUCCACUGGCAAGCAACGACACAACCGUCGUUCGUGACGAAACCGCGGCCAUCUUGGGAGAAACCGGCCAAGCCAAAGCCUACCAAGAAGUUCACGACCACAGCCAAGCCGCAUAAGAAGAAGGACCAAAACAAACCAGAGACUACACAAGCGCCGUCAACUACAGCUGCCACUAGUAGUGUUGAAUGUGGAGUGACAACAAUGUGGCCGCGUCCUGAGAUGAGGAUAAUGGGCGGCAAGGACUCCAGCUUCGGGCGGUGGCCAUGGCAAGUCUCGGUGCGGAGAACGUCGUUCUUCAGCUUCUCUUCGACGCACAGAUGUGGAGGAGCCAUCAUUAAUGAGGGCUGGAUUGCAACGGCUGGCCAUUGUGUUGAUGACCUCCUAACCUCACAAAUCCGAAUACGAGUCGGCGAAUACGACUUCUCAUCAGUAUCCGAGCAAUACCCCUUCGUAGAGCAAGGAGUAGCCCGGAAAGCCGUCCACCCCAAAUACAACUUCUUCACCUACGAAUACGACCUGGCUCUAGUCAAACUGGAGUCAACGUUAGUCUUCGCGCCGCAUAUAUCGCCGAUUUGUCUACCAGCGACUGAUGACUUGCUGGUGGGAGAAAAUGCAACGGUGACGGGAUGGGGUAGAUUGUCGGAGGGUGGUGUGCUGCCAUCUAUUUUACAAGAGGUCCAAGUUCCAAUAGUGUCGAACGACCGAUGCAAAUCCAUGUUCCUACGAGCUGGCAGACACGAGUUCAUUCCGGACAUCUUCCUCUGUGCCGGUCACGAGCGUGGGGGACACGACUCCUGCCAGGGGGACUCAGGGGGACCGUUACAGGUCAAAGGCAAAGACCAGCGAUACUUCCUCGCCGGUAUAAUAAGCUGGGGAAUCGGAUGCGGCGAGGCGAACCUCCCUGGCGUUUGCACCAGAAUCUCCAAGUUUGUGCCCUGGAUCCUGCAGACCGUGAACUCUUAGCUGUGCGACAAGGACGAAGCUACACAAGCAUGCUGUCCCUCUCGCAAGCUAUCGGUAGUUUGAGAACCAAUUAAAACUUCGCCAGGUGCGGUGUGCGGACUUUAAAAAGUUUACCUAAUAAUAGGUAUUGGAAUGUUGGAACUUUACCUUCGAUAAUUUCGAAAAUUCGAGGUCGUUGGUUAAUCAGAUGGUUGAAAAAGUGAUGUUGACAUUUUAAUACAGCGAUAUAAACUUUGCCUAAACAUACCAGGGUUUAAAAGGCAAUUUUUGACAACGAUAUCGCAAAGGUUGUUCUGUUUCCAUAACCCUGAUGUUUAUUAAAUUUUUAAUAUUUUAAAUAAUAAUAGUAGUGAACAUCAGCUGACUUUAUUAAGUAGACCGGUAUCUUGGAAAUGGAAACAGAUCUUAAAAAUAAUAUAAUGUUUUUGAAAAACAGGGUAAAAAGAAGUGAGGUGAAACUCUAGUUACUUGACGAUACUUUGAAAGAAAUUUUCAAAAUAAUCUUGUAUCCAUUAUAGAAAAAAAAACACGCAUUUACAUAUACAUUUCAUAAUUAACAGGUGUUUUAAAAAAUAAGUAGUAUGUGAAUGUGACGUUAUCUGGGUAAAGGGACCUUAUCGUCGAUGGCGUUUACUGCGUUAUGAGCGAUGUUCGUAUACAAAUACGACGCCGCAGGACGUAAGCGCCACCGACAAUAAGGUCCCUUUACCCAGAUAACGUCACAAAUUAACCAUGAGAGAAAUACUUAUUCAAAAUGACGAUGAAAUAUGCUGGAAGCGUUUUCAUGAGACGCAAAAAUGCAAAAGGAAUGACGAAUCGAACAGCGAAUGUGCAGUGCUAAGUUACCUUCAAAAAUGUUGAUUUGAUUCAACGUUUUGUGAGGCGUUUUAUAGUCUUCUUUAUAUCGAUCUCGACUUUUGAAGAUACACAAGAUUUGAAUUAAAGAAUCUUCAGGGUACCUUACAACCGCUGACGCUAUUUAAAGCAUUCACUGCCAUCAACGCAUAUACGCGUUUUAGUUACUUUUACCCAGUGCCUUCAACGCACACAUGCGUUCAUAGUAUUUAGUGACUUUCAUCCAGUGCCUCCAACGCACACGUGAGUUCUGAAUUUGUAUGUAAACAUAAAAAAAAAUUGUAUCGACUCACAUAUGCGUUGGAGGCACUGGGUAAUUAGUCGGAUGAACUCAUAUGUGCGUUUGGGGCACACAACAAAGUGUGGCACCUGGCGAAUGGCCAAGAAAAGAGGGUGGCAGUGAAUGCGUUAAGCGUAUCGUAGCUGGCUCUCUCUAUCGCUCUUCUGUAGUGGUGCGACAGAGCCAGACUGCAUUUCGAACGCCAAGUGGCGUCAACGAUUAUCACUUCUGUCUGCUGUAUUUUCAAAUUUCGAGAUUGACAAGAGCUGACGGUUGUCGUUUGUACGAUACUGUGUGUGACUUGCUUGCCUUAAGUCCGAAGUUAUAAAAACUUUGUAAAAUACGUCACCAGAAAUUUUACAAACACAUUAGUUGAUUACAAUAUUAGUAAUAAAAAGAUUCUCACUUAACCUUGAAAGUAGUAAAGUUCAAAAUGAAGAAACUUUAGUAUUUUAGGUACCAAAGUUUUGUCCUUGAAUUGGAGAACAUUAAUGUUUAUUUUAGUAAACUUAGUUUCAAUAUUCGUUAGUUAUUGUUUUGAUAGUAUCGUUUGUUUUAUAAAUGUAAACAAUUUGAAUUUGAUUUUCAUCUUACAAUGUCGAAGUUUUGGAUACAUUUGUAGCAAAAAUAUCUAAUAGAUUAACUAAGGACUUAAGAAGAGCAUUGUCUUUAGCUCUUAAGAGUAAAAUAAUAAGCUUUGGACUAUAAUGAACGCCCUUAUUACUGCUUAUUUUCGAGGCUUUAGUAUUUAUUCCUGGCCUUCAUUAGGGAGAUUAAUUCAAUCGAAGAAAAUCAGCUUAUACGUUACAAAAAAUAUAUACAUAAUUUUAUUUUGUAACUUACAAAAAUAUUAAUUUUCCUAAAGAUGACCACGCGCGUUUUGUUAAGUUUUGUGUAAAUAUGUUUAUUAAUUUAUUUGUAAGCCGAAUUUAAAUCUAACAAAAGAAGCAUUUAUUUUUAUCCAAUGUAAAUACGUAUAAUAAGUUUUGUACUCUUGCCUUUUCAAUAAGUUUUGUUUUAACGCAGUAUUAUUUUAUACGUUGUUUUUACUUUUUGUAAAUAUGACUCAAAUACGGAACACAAACUUUUGUAUGAUUUAUUUUUAUACUUGGCAUGUAAUUUAAGGUGUACUUAAUAUUGUAUAGAUAGUUUUACGCAACUUAGAUACUUAUGCUGUUGAAUAUGAUUGCAUCAACUUUUUGUUGAAACUUCAGUGAUUUACUUUGAUUGUAAAAUUAAAAUUUACUACAAAAAGUUGAUUGUAUUUCUUUAUAUGUAAUCUAAGGUUAAGUGAGGUAAACGAAUACAUGUAUUAUGUUGUUUUCUUCUCAAAUAAAGGAAAACCCGGAAGGGUGGUAAAACCCGAUAAGUUGAGCUUUGUUUUUGAAAUUCGAACUGUUUAUGUGCAACUUCCGCAACGUUCUUAUUUCAAUGAGAAAUAAUUUCAAUUUAUCGAGUUUUAUUUCUAAUUUUUCAAAUUAAUUAUGUUUGUUUACCUCUCUUAAUCUUAAACGUGAAAAUAGUUAACCAAAACACAAUUUUACGCUACGCUUGAGGAGUAGGUUACGAAUGCUUAUAAGACGUGAUGUCCUUUUAAGAUUCUAUAUUAAUUUUGUUUAAAUAGUUUAUGAUGUUGUUGACUACAUAUUGUUCAUUUGCACAGUAAAUUUGUUAAUGAUUAAAUAUUGAAAUAAUA